CAAGUAUAAUGAAAGUGUCAGAGGAGGUAUCAACCAAAACUACAAUGGAUGUUUUAGAGGAUAAUUGUGUAACGUCUAAUAAAGAUGAACAGAUGGAAGAUUGCAAUCAGAUGAACAAACUAACUACUGCGCCAGACAAAGAAACAGGUUCAUGUUCAGAAAUUUCUGAGAACGAAAUUGUUUCAGAUUCCCAGGAAAUAAAUUCGGAGUCAGAUAGAAAAUCAGAAAAUUUUCUCAAAUGGCAGCAUCAACGCCAUGUAAUUGCAGCUCCUCAGGUGAUCGUUAAACUCUUGAAAUCGAAAUCCACCCCUGAGAGGUCUCGGCAGGAUGGAAAUGAAUUGAGUUUCUUCGAACAAUUGGAUCAGUUCUUCGAGAUAAUGAACAUGGAGAACUGUAGCCUAACCUCGGAAAUAAAUUUGGCAACAAUCCAAGGCAGACUGGGAAAAUUUCUUAGUCGAAUCAAAAGGCAGUUACCCAAUGUACUGAAUCACUCCGAUUUGGUGGCAGCGGUGGCGAAGUACCAACUGAAGAACCUGCUAACCAGGCAGGAGAGAUUCUCGUACGAGGCAGUGAGGUUGCAACUGAGAGAUAAGGACUUAGAUGGCAAGACCAAAUUCGAGGCAGCUCUUUACGGAAUGUUGGGCUACGAAUCGCCUCUUCUAAAAGCCACCGAUGGUAGGUUGCAGAUGCGUCUGCCGCACCACCAGGAAAACAUCGGUGAGUCGUAUUUGAUGGUGGCAUUCGGCCACUUAGGAUAUCUCUACCGGUCGCUUCAGGAACAUGUUGAGCGACUAGGCCGAAAAGGAGACAUUGCAAAUGCCGUCAGAAAAUGUCUCCAGAAGGAACUUUUGAGCUUCUAUGAGUUGUACAAUCUGCGUAAAAAUCAGCCAUGCAGUUUACUUCAGUUGUACAGGGAAACGCGGGUCUUUCAGUGGCGAUUUCAAUGGCUUCUUCAUGUGCUACAAAAAUUUAUUAAUGAAAAGUCUAUUAUCGUGUGCUUGAUUGAGGAGUUGGAUAAUAGAGUCGGGGCGCAAAGGUUACUAAUCCAAAAUUGGCUCAACUCAGCCAGCAAGCCUCUGGUUGCCAAACUUUGUCGCUGGCUUAUUUCUGACCACCUAACACCUUUGGAUCGACAUGAGCUUCCUAUCGAACGAUGCAUAACAUCGAAUAAUAAUGAUUUUUGGCAAAAUCGCUAUAUGGUGACUGACACCUUUUCAAAAGUUUUCUAUUCAAAGCUCUUAGAAAUGAUCCUAAGCAUUGGCAAGACUCAGGUGUACUCUCAAAAGUAUCUGGGUCUUCCGGUAGAAAUCUCUUGCAAUAUCAAAGAUCUGAAUUACAAAAUGCGUGAUGCUUUUACCCAGUUCUACGAGGACAAAGACCAGGAACCUCUAUAUAAACUACUUUGCAAGCUGCACUUGAAAGUGUCGGGCCGUGUGCUGGCACAUUUUUAUCAGAAGAAAAUCGAGCCUGAGAACUUAUUUCAAAAUCUUCAUCACUACCUAAUGCUCGCUGACCACCGCUAUUGCAGAGAACUUAUCGACAUUAUGGAGCCCGUCCUUGAGGAACCAGCCAAUUCGUAUAAUGCCGAACUGUUGAACCAGAUGGUGGAGCAAAUGCCAAGCAAGCCAUUGCCAGAUCUCUAUGUGGCCGAGGCCCCAGGUUCCGGCUCGAAGUGCUGGUCACGGUUCCUUCUUCAAUGGCGGUUUCCACCUUACUGGAUAGCUCUUCUGGGGAAGGAAACCGAAGAGUACGAUAUGAUUUUUAUGGGACUGUGGAAAUUCCACUACACCAACUAUGUAUUCCGCGAAAGGAUUGCGCGCCAGCAAUAUCAUUUCAGCAAAAGAUUGGAACUCAAAUGCUUCAAUGGUGUGGCUGAGGUCGAUUUGGGCUUUGCCCACCUAAUAAAGUACAUAGCAGGGGUGAUGAAAGUAUUGAGAAGCUAUUUCCUUGACGAAGUACUGGAGCAGGCUUAUGUCAAGCUUCUUAACGACUGUAAGGGGGCCAAGACUCUUGAUGAUCUUCUGAAGGCAAACCGAGUCUAUCUGCAGGAUAUUAAGGAUGGCUGGUUCCAAACUCAAAUUUCACAAAUGGCUAUUCAUCAGUUGGAGAGGAUCUUUAGCCUUAUUAUCGAUUUGGAGAACCAGCAACACAAGUUUGUCCGUCUAUCCCAAAUUCUCCUAGACUCUCUGAAAGAAGAUCGCGAAAAAAACGAAUCCAAAUCAGUUAGGUCCCAUAGAAAUCGAAUGCAAGAGUUUUACUGGUCGUGUCAAAAUACCUGCGAAGCUCUGAAUGUGCUGGAACAACGUUUUCAUUUGGCAAUGAUAGAUUUUCUCAUCAGCUUGCACCAAGCAAAUCGUGAGUCGUUCCGCUUGCUGGCUAAAAAAUUAGACUCCGUAGGCUACUAUGAGAAAAGAAAUGAAAAGUUGUGGCUCAUACAACGCUUUGCAUAUAAAAGGAAGGCAAAGAUGCUAAAAUCCGAUGGCUCUACUUUGCAACAAACACUCUGACUACUAAAUACAUUUUGUAUAUUUUUUUACCAACAAGUAUGUGUAAAUAUAUGUAGUAAUUUACAUAAA